AGGCGGCGCCCGGGCCCAAGAAGAGGCUGAGGCUCUCGCGGCAUCCGUGCGGCUGCAUGGUGCACCUCGUGCAGCCGUCUGGUGAUGUUGUGCACGUUCCUCCAGAGGGCGAUUUCGUCAUAGGCAGGAACCCGAAGUGCUGCAACCUCACGCUGGACAGCGAGAAGGUGCCCAACAUGGUGUCCAGGAGGCACGCCGUCAUCGUGAGCGCGGACGACGCGGUCAUGGCCGUCGACUGCGAGUCGGUCAACGGCACCUUCGUCAACGGCCGCAGGGUCGGCCGCGAAACGUUGCGGCAGGGCGACACUCUGACCGUCGGGCAGCCCGGCCUCUGCCCCCCCGAGUUCGAGUUC